AAUUUGAUAAAUAAAUAAAAAUAACAACUUUGUUAUAGCUGUCAAUUAUUUUACCUUAUUUAUUUAUUUGAGCUGGUGCUGCUAUGUUCACUGUUUUGAACUGAAAGUGAAAAACUUUACUCUUGUUUAAGUUUCGAGGAGAAGGAACGUAUCUGAAGAAUGUUGAUUUUAGAUCUGAUUGAAGCGGUCAAUUAAUUGUUGUUACACUCUUAUUUUUUCGGUGCAAGUUAUCUUUUUUCUAUUGCGUGUUUUAAUUCGCCUCUUUUUUCUAUUCCGGAGAAAAAAACAAAACUGGGUUUUUGAUUUAAGGUUUUAGCUCAGUGUUCUUGCCAGCUGUGACUCUUGAGUUUUCUCAUCUUCACUUUUCGUUUUUUUUUUUUUUCUUCAUGCGAUCCUUGUUCAUGAUUGUGCUUCUGUUUUUCUUAUGAAGGAGUGAAGACUGGAUAAAAGACUGAAUUUCCUAUGAAGCCUCAAUCAUGGAAGUGGCUGGCGAGAAAAAAGAGUGGCUUGGCUGAUGGGGGAAAGUCGAGUUUCAAGAUGAAACCUUUGCCUUUUAUGGCAGUUUUGUGUACAGUAAUGCUAUUCAUUGUGUAUAGAACUACAAAAUAUCAGUAUCACCAAGAAGAGAUAGACAAGAGAUGGAAUUUAUGGGGAGAAGGAAAGGGAUAUUCUACAACUUCAGGGAAGCUGAGAGCCUUGCCACAAGGUAUAAUACAUGCUCAUUCAGAUCUUGAGUUAAGGCCCUUGUGGUCAAGAAGUAGUUCGAGGUCAAAGACUAGUGCUUACACCAACCGUAACUUGCUGGCAGUUCCAGUUGGUAUUAAACAAAAGCAUAAUGUUAAUGCCAUGGUGCAAAAGUUUCUUCCCGAAAAUUUUACUAUUACUUUAUUCCAUUAUGAUGGCAAUGUGAAUGGAUGGAGGGACCUUAAUUGGAGUAGCAAGGCCAUACACAUUGUUGCUGUAAAUCAAACAAAGUGGUGGUUUGCUAAAAGAUUUCUGCAUCCUGAUAUAGUGUCUAUUUAUGAUUAUGUCUUUCUUUGGGAUGAGGAUUUAGGAGUGGAGCAUUUUUCUCCUUCAAGAUACCUUAAAAUUAUUAAGGAAGAAGGUUUAGAGAUAUCUCAACCUGCCCUUGACCCAAAUUCAACAGAGAUACAUCAUAGAAUUACAAUUAGAUCUAGAACCAAGAAAUUUCACAGAAGAGUUUAUGAACGUAGAGGCAGUACGAGGUGUUCAGAUGCAAGUGAAGGGCCACCAUGCACUGGGUUUGUCGAAGGUAUGGCCCCAGUUUUCUCUCGAUCUGCCUGGUAUUGUACUUGGCAUCUUAUACAGAAUGAUCUUGUCCAUGGGUGGGGAAUGGAUAUGAAACUAGGAUAUUGUGCACAGGGAGAUCGAACAAAAAACGUUGGAGUAGUUGAUAGCGAAUACAUUGUUCAUAAGGGAAUACAAACUUUGGGUGGGAGUGGUCCUGAUACACAAAAGGGUUCAAGACUUAAAAAAACAACAACGAGACAAGGUGGAGCAGCAAUAGAUGUGAGAACUGAGGUGAGACUUCUGAACUACAUUCAAAAACAAAGUCUUGUUUUCCAUCUUACAAAUGAUUCUGAACUACAUUCUGGACUAAUUAGAUACGAAGACAGUCGACGUGGGAACUGGAAACCUUUAAAGAGCGCUGGAACAAAGCUACGGCCGAAGACAAAAGCUGGGUCGAUCCGUUUCCAAACAAGAGUAACCAACGGCGGGUAAGAAGACGGCGCAGUGGCUCGCAGUCUUAACUCUUUUAACGGUUCAUUUAACUAAUCCGGUUGGAUACUUUAAGCUUCAAUUCACAGGCAUCAGCCAUUUUUAUAGGCAUAUAACUUAGUUUGUGUAGUUGAACACUUGAUUCAUUCAAUUUAAAGGAAAAGAAAUCACAUCUUUAGUUAUAUUCUUUUUUGGUGUUAUGGUCCAGAUUUUCUUGAUACCCUCUUUGUAUGUAAUUAUCAUGUAUUCAGCUUCAUGUGUUAUCAAUAUAUAUAGAUCAAAAGAAGGGAAGAAAAAUGUUUGCCA